GUACCCUUGACAAUUGAUGACUCCGAAGAGGAGCUCAACGACCUCGGCGUGGAGGCUGAUGUAAGGGAGGAGCCUGCGCAGCAAAAGGGCAAGCCCAAGGCAGCAGCUCAGCCGCCCGCCGCAAAGCCCGAUGAUGCGGGAAAGGAUGGGGAAAGGGGGCCUGAGGCCGAUGAUGCGGGGAAGGAUGGUGAAAGGGAGGAUGCUCCCCGAGCGGAGAACGCUCCGCAGCAUGAGCCUCCUGGCGAGAAGCCCAAGGUCGUAUCGGGAAUGGCGGCAGGAACGAACUUCGCCGGCAGAUCCCCUCCCGGCACGUUCCCAUGGUCUACAAGGUUCUCUGCCAUAAAGCAGCUGUGGGUUGAGUGCCUUGCCUUGAUUCAAUAUGCAACAAACACAGCAUUGCAUGCAUUUCUGGAUCGAGAACGAUCGAAUCUCGAACUCAGGCAUAUCCAUCCGCAGAUUAAGCCUGGCUGCUACGUGAAGUCUCAGGUGCACUUCUGGAAGUACAUGAUCGGAAACAUAGACAUGGCAGCCCCGGUCACCGAAGAAGACAUCCGCAACCGCGCCAAGGAUGUCCUGGGACUCUAUGCUGUCCCUUGUGAUCUCAAGAAACAGGACUAG